GGCUCGGCUCAGCCCGGUUCGGCUCGGCUCGGCCCGGCCCGUGGCUGCCCCGCCCCGUGCGGUGCCGGCGGGCGCUGCCCGGCCCCGCGGCGCCGCUGCCGCCGAUGCUAUGCCAAAGCCAGAGGUGUCCGCAUCCUACCAGGAGAAAUUCCAACAAUUGCAAGUUGAGAGCAUGUUUGGAAAUUGAACCACUGUUUUAACUACACAGCUGAGUGAAGAUGUGGAGCGAGUAUCUGAAAAUCCAACAGAGGAGAGAGAAGGAGAUAUGGAAGUUCAUGAAGAUUCCAGCUCUGUUAUUUUACCAGAUGGUGAGCUGGGUACCACUACCCCUUCUCUGCGUUUCAGCAAGACCUGCCUAAAGAAUGUUUUCUCUGUAAUACUCCUGUUUAUUUAUCUGCUGCUCAUGGCUGUAGCUGUGUUCCUUGUCUACCAAACCAUCAGUGACUUCAGGGAGAAGCUCAAGCAUCCAGUGAUGUCUGUCACUUAUAAGGAAGUGUCCUUCUAUGAUGCACCUGGAAUUGCCUUUUACCCAGGCAAGGCUCAGCUGCUCAGCUGCAAACAUCAUUACUACGAUCACAUUCCACCUCUGGUGAAUCCAGGUCAGCCAGGAGACAUUGAAUGCACCACUCAGAGGAUCAACUACACAGAUCCUUUCACUAAUCAAACUAUGAAGUAUGCUUUGGUUGUUCAAGGCCCUCGUGAUGUGAAGAAAAGGGAGCUGGUGUUUUUGCAGUUCCAUUUAAAUGAAACAGACCAAGAUUUCAGUGCCAUUGACUACCUGCUGUUUUCUUCUUUCCAAGAGUUUGUCAGCAGUCCAGAAAAAGCAAAAUUCAUGAAGGACUGUGAAAGUUCAUACUCCAGCUGGAAGUUUUCUGGAGGCUUCCGAACUUGGGUCAAGAUGUCCUUGGUUAAAACAAAAGAAGAAGAUGGUAGUGAGACUGUUGAAUUCAAACAGGAGACCAGUGUGGUUAACUACAUUGACCAGAGAACUAAACCAGGGAGUGACCAGCUGUUCUUUGUGGUGUUUGAGUGGAAAGACCCUUUCAUACAGACUGUUCAGGACAUUAUCACAGCAAACCCCUGGAACAUGAUUGCUCUCCUCUGUGGUAUCUUUCUGGCCCUGUUUAAGGCAGCAGACUUUGCUAAGUUAAGUGUUAAGUGGAUGAUCAAGAUCCGAAGAAGGCAUCUGAAGAGGACUCGGCAAGUAACAAACCACAUAAGCUGAGCCAAACACUGUUAGGCUUUUAACUGUUCAUAGCAGGAGUGACAGAAAAUAACUGGAAUGAACUGCAAUCAGCAAUUGAAGCUGAAAACCAGGUAUGUUUUAUUCCAGAGAGAUGCUGGCUGGAGGAACAGCCUCGUGACCCGGCCCUGGAAUGGCAGAGGCGCUAACUCUAGGACAGGUCUAACAAACUCACGCUUUUCUAGUCCAAGUUUAACAAGUUUACCUGUGUGUAUGGGGGAACCAGGGGGAACGGAGGGUACUCAGUCAUGUUCAGAAAGCCAUCCCUGCAGUAAAUUAUGAAAAGUGGACAGUGUUAGAAUGUUUCUCCAGCAGACCCUUUAGUUUCUGCAUCAGCUGUGAGCUGCUCCCAUAGCGCAGUCACUGCCCUGAUGGUGCUUAGUGGAAGGCAAAGUGCUCUGCAAACAUCCUGGCCUCUCUUCUCCAAAGUGUACUUUAAAACAAAAUACACUGGAAUUUCGUUACAUGUCAUCUUUAAAUCAAAGUACAAUGACUUUAAUAUUAAAAAAUACUUCAAGUAA